UGUCCAUUACGCGUAGUGCUUUUGUGAGAGAAUAAAGAAUUGUGCGACACGCGAAAUAGCAAGAUUGCGACAAUAUGAUGCAAUUUAUGCUAUUGUUCAGUCGCCAAGGGAAGCUUCGUUUACAGAAGUGGUAUGUCGCGCAUCCAGAUAAGUUGAAAAAGAAAAUUACGCGCGAAUUGAUCACCACGAUACUCGCACGAAAACCAAAAAUGUCGAGUUUCUUAGAAUGGAAGGACGUUAAGGUUGUUUACAAAAGAUAUGCAAGUUUAUAUUUCUGCUGUGCAAUUGAACAGAAUGACAAUGAAUUACUAACAUUAGAGAUUAUACAUCGAUAUGUUGAAUUAUUGGAUAAGUAUUUUGGUAGUGUAUGCGAAUUGGAUAUAAUUUUCAAUUUUGAAAAGGCAUACUUUAUCUUAGACGAGUUGCUUGUUGGUGGGGAAAUUCAAGAAACUAGCAAAAAAAAUGUAUUGAAAGCCAUUGCUGCCCAGGACCUGUUACAGGAGGUUAGUUACGGUGAUGUACCCCUUGAAUUGUAA